CGUAGCAAAUAAUUGACCAAACCAAAUGAGUGGAAAAUUUAGCCGAGUAGAUUCAUUUACGUACGCGCCAGGAAGGAAGGCGCAGAAAACCCUAAUUUCUUUCUUGUUUCAUGUUUGAAAAGUUUAAGAAAUGUUUAUCUUUGAACAUGUUAAUUUAAGGAAAUGGAUUUUUUUUUUUAAAUAAAAUAAAUUUUGACGAGUCAGUUUUGGGCAACUACUGACACCUAACAUAAAUUAAAACCAUUUCCCCUUUACUUCACCUUCUUUUAUGGACUUUGGUUUCUCUCUAUCUUCAUUAUUCUCUUAAAACCAUUUCCCUUCAACUGAUUCCUUUUGCUUCUCUCAGGUUCUUGUUUUUUCAGGUUCAUAACUGCUCUGAUUCAAAGCAUUGAUCAAAUAUAUAGGAAAACUUGGCACUGGCGCAUCAUAAAGUUAUGACUUGUUUUUCUUUCUUAUUUCGUAGACGCAACGAUUCAGUGAACAACCAGACUUUCGAGGUUGAUGAAGAGUUUGAUGUUCAAAACGUAAAAUUUUAUUCAUACAAAGAAUUAAGAACAGCUACUGAAGAUUUCAGCCCUGUCAAUAAGAUUGGUGAAGGCGGCUUCGGUUCUGUCUAUAAGGGGCGGCUUAAAAACGGAAAUAUUGCUGCAAUAAAAGUACUUUCAGCUGAAUCUCGACAGGGAGUGAGAGAAUUCGUGACAGAGAUUAAAGUGAUCUCCGAGAUAGAGCAUGAAAAUUUAGUCAAGCUUUAUGGCUGUUGUGUGGAAGAUAAUCAUAGAAUCUUGGUCUAUAACUACCUCGAGAAUAAUAGCCUUUCCCAGACUCUUCUUGGUAGUGGUCACAGUAAUAUCCAGUUUAAUUGGAGAACACGGUCCAAAAUAUGUAUCGGGAUCGCACGUGGGCUUGCUUUCCUUCACGAGGAAGUACGGCCUUACAUUGUUCAUAGAGAUAUCAAAGCAAGCAAUAUUCUUCUUGAUAAAGACCUAACACCCAAAAUAUCAGAUUUUGGCUUGGCAAAACUUAUCCCGGCAAACUUGACUCAUGUCAGUACUCGUGUAGCUGGAACAAUAGGUUAUCUUGCACCGGAGUAUGCAAUAAGGGGGCAGUUGACUCGGAAAGCAGAUAUCUACGGUUUUGGCGUUCUCCUCAUAGAAAUAGUCACUGGCAGAUGUAACACAAAUACGCGGUUACCUGUAGGAGAACAAUAUCUCCUAGAACGGACAUGGGACCUUUACGAGAAAAGGGAGCUGGUCGGGUUGGUAGACGAAUUGCUGAACGGUGAUUUUGAUGCGGAGGAGGCUUGUAGGUACCUCAAGAUUGGUCUUCUUUGCACCCAAGAUGCUCCUAAACUACGACCCUCUAUGUCAUCGGUGGUCAAGAUGCUAACAGGCCAAAAAAUGGUCGACGAGAGGAAGAUAACAAAACCGGGAUUAAUUUCCGAUUUUAUGGACCUCAAAGUUAGAAGUUCCGAUAAAACCAAGCCGGGACAAAAGAACACAUCGUACAAUGCUUUCUCUGGCUCAGACAAAGGCAAUUCAACCAUAUCGUCAGGAACCUCGACUUCCGCAAAUACAACCUUCAAUACUAUGAAUAAUGAUGACCGGAGCGUUUAAACAUCGACAAUAACGGACGUCGAAAUUUAUUCAUUUUUAUUCUAUUUUGGGGUUUUUUUUUUUUUUGAAGCUUUCCAGUUUGUAAAUUUUCAACAGUGUUUGUCAUUUCUUAUACUUGGUGGAAAUAGCUGAAAGCCUGAAACUAAGGUCUUGUAAAUGUUCCCUGUUUGGUGAAUGAAAAGAAAUUUUUGCAGAGUU